CUCCUUAUUAAUUAGAAGAAGUUAGAAACAAUUAAAAUGUGUGAGCCAUAUAUUUCAUUACCUGCCAUGAAUGUGAUGGCUUGUGAGCAAUUUGAUUACUCAUUCAGCCCUCCCCCCAUGAACCAAUUAAUCCAUGAAUAUAUCUUACAAGAUGCAUUUCCAAGCCAAUCAGAUCACUUAUUAUCUUCUCCAAACAUCAUCUAUGAUGAUGUGUUUGAUGAAAUGCUUGAGCAAGAGGCCCUGAAUGGAUUCCUCCAUCCAGAAAACUCACAGCAGCCAGACUUUGAAUUCAUUGGCCAUAAUGUUACAAUGGCUAUUGAGUCUGAACUGUGUCAAGAAAACAUCCCUAUAGCCCAAGAAGAGGAGAUGCAUGUCUCAAAUGAAGGAGAUGCAUAUCUGAUGGGAAUUCAAGCAGAGCUAAUGGGAGAAACUAGUUUGGGAGAUCUAUUGCUAUUAGGAGCUGAAGCUGUUGAAGCACAGAACUUCGUUCUUGCUCUGGACAUAAUAGAGAGAAUUAACAAUAAUGCAUCAUCAUCAUCUUUUUUGGAAAAUGGUGAUUCUUUAUUGAACAGGUUGGCUCUAUUCUUUGCUCGGGGUCUGUAUUAUAAGAGUAUAAAUGCUCCUCAAGUGCAGUCUGAUCCUGUUUCAACACACAACAAUGCCUUCGGUGUGUUUCAGAUACUCCAGGAACUCUCUCCCUAUGUAAAAUUCGCUCACUUCACUGCUAAUCAAGCCAUCUUUGAAGCCACAGAAGGUUCUGAGGAUGUUCAUGUCAUUGAUUUUGACAUCAUGGAGGGGAUCCAGUGGCCACCAUUGAUGAUGGACCUUGCAAUGCGGAAGAACACUUGUCUUAGAGUAACAGCUGUUGUUGCAGAUCAGCAAAGUGUAGCAUAUGUCCAGCAAACAGGAAGAAGGCUAAAAGAGUUUGCAGAUUCUAUUGAUUUUCCUUUCGCUUUUGAUCAGAUAGUGAUGGUUGGGGAGGAAGAUCUUCAAAGAGUUGAACUUGGUCAUACAGUUAUAGUCAACUGUAUGAUACACCAAUGGAUGCCGAACAGAAGCUUCCCAUUGAUCAAAACAUUCCUUGAUGGUGUAAGCAAGUUAUCACCAAGGCUUGUUGUUUUGGUGGAGGAAGAACUUUUCAACUUUGCUAGGCUAAAAUCCAUGUCGUUUGUGGAGUUCUUCUGUGAGGCUUUGCACCACUACACUGCACUUAGUGAUUCACUUGCUAGUAGUUUGUUGGGUAGGCAGAAGAUGGAGCUAACCAUGAUAGAGAAAGAAGUUAUGGGGCAAAGGAUUUUGGACAGUGUGAAGCAGUUUCCAUGUGAGAGAGAAGAAAGAAUGGUGUGGGAAGAAGGGUUUUACUCCUUGAAGAGGUUCAAGCGUGUUGCUAUGAGUAGCUGUAAUGUUUCACAGGCUAAGUUCUUGGUGAGCUUGUUUGGUGGAGGCUAUUGGGUGCAAUCUCAGGACUCUAGGUUGGCUCUGUGUUGGAAGUCAAGGCCUUUGACAUCUGCUUCAACCUGGGUGCCUGCAACUUAUUGAGGGGAUGAUGUGGAUCAUGGAUGAUUUGAGUGACUUUUCUGGCUUUCUUCACUCAUCGUGUUUAUUAGAUGAGUCAAACCAUGUAAUGCAAUGUGAUGUAGUGAGAGCCCAUAGAGUUGUUAUAGUUUGCUUAUAUGUUACUCUGUCGUUCUUGAUGUAUGUAUAUAAACUGAAUAGCUGUCUGGGUGGGAAAGCCUGUUCCAUGUAAUCCGAUCAACUUCAUGUUCUGCACUAGGAAGAAAUAUGCAUGAUUGUGUAAGUGUGAAGAGAAUUCUUAGAUCAAUAUCCGAUGUUCACUGCAAA